UUGUGAUGUCAUCACUAAGCGUCCAAAAAUAACAUGGGUUCUUUAAUGCUUUAUAGCAGUUGCACCAAGAAAUGAAAAAGCUCCUUGGAGACACCUGAAGGCUAACCCUGCUUCAUAUCUUUACCAGUUGGCUUUAGCCGAUAACUGCAAAACAAUGUGUUUUAUACAAACCUUAUGACCUUGGCUGCAGACUUAAGUCCAGAUCGGUUCUUCUAAAUAAGGCAAAUGGUGGGGUAAAGUUUAACUAUUGAAAAUCAGAAUUAUCUAAGCAAACGGAAUCUCAUCUAAUCGAUUCAUGUCUGAUAAGCAACAUGAAGACCAACUUGAAGAAAUCCUCAGAAAUCUACCCGGCAGAUAAUGAGGAUGAUACCGAGUUUGAUGAUAUUGCAGUUUAUUUUUCUAAAGAGGAGUGGGACAGUUUAGAUGAUGAACAGAAGGAACUUUACAUGGAUGUGAUGAUGGAGAAUUACUGGAACCUCCGGUCUCUGGGACGAGCCAAUGUGAAACCUUUAAUUGUCGCAAAGAUUGAACAGGGGGAAGAGCCAUACGCUGACUGGUGCGAGUGGAUUAAGGAGGAGGAAAUUCCUAUAAAUUAUAUAGAACAAGUCAAUAUGGAGUCUAUAAUUGUCACAGAAAUAGAAGACGAUGUAAAGGAAGAAGAAUUUCCCGUAGAUAUUAGCAGAGAUACUGGACAAAUGAAGCUUGAAGUUGGGAGUUCAGAAGAGGCAAUGCAGAUGAUAUUGACUCGAUGGUUUGCAGUGGAGCCUUCAGUGGGAGGAGGUGCAAUGAACCAAUAUUCACAAAGCGCAAGUGACUUUGCACAGAGUAUAAAGUUGGUACAGGCUUCACCUUCAAUGACGCAGAUGCAAGAAACCAGUAAAGUUUUCAGAGAGGCCUACACUACAGCUGGCCAGACACAAACGCCAGGAAGGCGGAAGUUCAAGGAGGAGUGGUGCAGAGAACUAAGAUGGCUUAAAUAUGACAAGACAACUGGUUUUGUAAAUUGCAAGGUAUGUGUCUCUUUUCCUAACCUUGCAGACCCAAAUUCUAAGCUCGUAAAAGGUUUUACAGGUCCCUUCAAACUGGAGACCUUCAAGAAACAUGGAAAAUCGCGCCAUCACUUGUUGGCAUCUGCGAAGGCAAGAGCGGAAACAGUUGCUAUAGAAGAAGAAUUACAAAGCAGCUGUGUCUUUGGACCAAGUAACGUGCUGGUAGAAGUUUCCCCUUCAACAGGUGAAAUGCAAGAAAGAGAGAGAGCACUUGAAGAAUCUCCCAAUUCACCAUGCCAGAGUCAAAUUCCAGGAGGGAGAAAAUUCAGAAAAGAGUGGUGCAGGGAACUCUCAUGGCUCAAAUAUGACCAGGCAUCUGGUAUUGCAAGUUGCAAGAUAUGUGCCAACUUUCCUAAUCUUGCCAAUCAGAAUUCUAAGCUUGUAAAAGGUUGUACAGGACCCUUCAGAUUGGAGACCUUCAAGAUUCACGGUAGCUCUCGCAGUCACCUAACCGCAUCUUCACUUACAGGAGCAGAAGCUUUUGCAACAAACGAAGAACUACAAAGCCAAAGUGACUCUGCACCAAGUAGAGUGUUGGAAGAAGGCUUUUCUUUGUCAAGCCAAAUGCAAGACCCAAGAAGUUACCUAGAAGAAGCCUCACCUUUUAGAAGUCAGAUUCAAGAACUAAGAAAAGUGCUGGAAGAAGCCUCCAUUUCACAGGGCCAGAUUCAGGAACUGAGAAGAGUGCUGGAAGAAGAUUCUUCAACAAACAAGGUGGAAGAACAAAGCAGAUUACUGCAAGACGCCACCCCUUCAACGAGCCUGAUGGAAGUACCCAGAAGAGUGCAUGAAGAACAAAUAGGAGUUCCUGAAGAAGACUUUUUUUUAACAAACCAGCAAGAAGAGCCAAAAAGAGUGCUUGAAGAAGCUUCUUCAACAAGUAAUAUACAACCAGGAAGGAGGAAAUUUAGAGAAUCAUGGUGCCAUGAACUUAAGUGGCUCAAAUAUGAUCGAUCUUCCAAUACUGCAAGCUGUGAAAUAUGUCAUUCAUCUCCUAGUACUGUAGAUCAGAAUAACAUGACUGUAAAAUGUUUUGCACAGCCCUUCAAACUGGAGAAGUUUAAGAAACAUGCCAGAUCACGUAAUCACUUACUUGCAUCCUCAAGGGAAGGAGUACAUUUUGCACUGACUGAAACCCCACAGAGCGAAAGUGACUUUGCAGUAAGAGUAAUCCUGAAUGAAAUAUUUUCUUCAGCAAAUCUGGUGCAGGACCCAAUAAAUGUACUGAAACAACUAUCCCUUUCAACCGACCAGAUUAAAGAACCAAUAAGUGUGCUGGAAGAAGCCUCCUCUUUAAAAAAUCAUGUGGAAGGACUAAAAAGUGUACUGGAUUGCCUCCCUUCAUCAAACCAGAUGGAAGGACCCAGGAGUGUAGUAGACAGAGUCUUCCCUUGGACAAGCCAGAUGGAAGGAACCAGAAGAAUAAUAGACGGAGUCACCCCAUGGGCAAGCCAGAUGGAAGGAACCAGAAGAAUAAUAGACGGAGUCACCCCAUGGGCAAGCCAGAUGGAAGGAACCAGAAGAAUAAUAGACGGAGUCACCCCAUGGGCAAGCCAGAUGGAAGGAACAAGAAGUGUAGUAGAUGGGGUCUCCCCUUGCACAAGCCAGAUGGAAGGAACAAGAAGUGUAGUAGAUUGGGUCUCCCCUUGCACAAGCCAGAUGGAAGAAUCAGGGAGUUUGUCAGAAGAAGCUUCUUCUUCAACAAACAUGGUGGGAGUGCUAAGGAUAGUAGAAGGAGAAGGAUCCACUUUAAAGCUUGAGAUGAGAGAACCAAGAGGAAAGCCAGGAGAAGCCUCCCCUUCUAAAAUUCAGACAAAAGCAAGAAGCUUCCCAGAAGAGGCAUCCAUAUCAAUAAACCAGAUGAGUGACCCAAAAAGAGUGCCAGAAGAUGCUUUUGCUUUAACAAGUCAGUUAGCACUGACACCAACCAUCAUUUUACAAUCCCGUAUACAAUCACCGGGAAGGAGGAAAUUCAAGGAAGAAUGGUGCAGGGAACUUACGUGGCUGAAAUAUGACAAGAUGUCAGGUGUUGCAGUUUGUGAGAUUUGUGCUUCUGUGCCUAACGAUGCUAAUCAGAAUUCUAAAGCGGUAAAAGCUUUUACAGAACCUUUCAGACUGGCUACAUUUAAAAAACAUGGCAAAUCGCACUAUCACCUGAACUGUGCUAGAGAAAAAAAUAUAUUAUUACCUCCGCAGUUGGCGCUAUAUGUGAAAACAAUGGAUGAAGAUAUGACCAGCCAAUUUAAAACUCUCUUUAACGUAGCCUAUUACAUUGCGAAAAACAAUAAACCAUUUACAGAUUUUGAUGGCUUACUGGAGUUAAGUGGAAAACUAGGGGCUACUUUAAAAGAAGGAUACGCAAACGACAAAAGAUGCAAAGAUUUCAUCUCCAGUAUUGCAAAAGUUAUCCGAAACGAAGUAACUUGUGAGCUUAAACGUGCUGUAUAUGUGAGUUUGAUUCUAGAUAGAUCAACUGACAAAGUGGGUGUUGAAGAAUUGGUUUUGUAUGUGAGAUACAUAAAAAACAAUGGUAUUAAAGAAGCAUUUUUGUCUGUGCUUCCCCUCAACAGUGCAUCUACAGAUGACCAUUUAGAUGCUAUCACAAAAGAACUACAAUUACGGGGCCUUUCUGAAUGGCUUACUUCGAGCCAGCUGAUUGGAAUUGCAACGGAUGGUGCAGAAAGCAUGCUUGAAGAUGAGAACGGACUAGUUCAGAAAUUAAAGCAAAAUCUACACCAUAUAAUUCAUGUGUGUUGUGUUUCUGCCAGGUUAAAUAUUAUCUUGCGAAGUUCUGUACAGAAUUCCAAGUCUAUCGAAGAUCUUGAUUCUGUUCUUAAAAAAAUAUACUCAUUUUAUCAGUGUUCACCAAAGAGAAUGAGACAGCUGAAACAAGUAGCUACAAGCCUUCAGCACAAAAUACAAAAAUUCCAAUACUUGCGCAGUUUAAGAUGGGUAGUCGGUAAAGUGGAUGGACUCUCAGCACUUGCAAAUGAUUGGAAAUGUGUUGUUGUACAUCUAGAAAGCGUUGUAGUAGUUGACGAUGGUGCUUCUUCUGUAGCCAGUGACUUGCUGAAAAAAAUGACCAAUUUCAAAUUUGUCCAAAUGCUUCAUUUUCUUUUGGAUUAUCUUGGAAUCAUCAAAAACCUCUCUCUUUUAUUUCAAAGGGAAGGACUCUUUCUAAGCUCCGUUCAGUUGCAUAUAAAAAACACCAUAGCCUCUCUUCAGUCCCUUAAGGAUACUCCAGGAGAACAUGAAGAGAAGUUAAUUUCCAAGACCUCUACAAGCGGGCAAUAUCAGGAUGUACAAUUAGUUGGGUUAAGCAACACUGCACAUACUUUUAUUCAAUCAGAAAAAGAGAAACUGAUACAGUCUGCAGUCCAGAACUUUGAAGAACAAUUUUUGAACCAAACAGAAGUAGAAAAAUGUAUUUCUGUUUUUGAUACGGCUGCUUGGCCUACGGAAAACUCUCUAGCGGAGUAUGGCGUAAGUGAAAUAACAACAUUAGCGCAACAUUUUCAGAAACAGAUUUCACCACUAGACAUGCAUGAAAAAUGUUUAACGGCUCUUCGCAAUGAGUGGAAAGAGUUUAAAGACCUUGGAAAGGGAAAGAAACCAAGCGAACUUCUAGAUUUUGCGCGGUCUAAUAUUGAAAGGUUUCCAAAUUUAGGAAAUUUGCUAUCCAUAGUGUCUGUCCUGCCAGUGUCAACAGUGUGUUGUGAGAAAGGUAUAAGCCUUAUAAAUCUUGUAAAAAGCAAGCUACGAGCAUCAAUGCAAGAUGAAAGUUUAAGUGACUUGUUGACAAUUAAUAUGAAUGGACCGCCCAUAAAAGAUUUUGAUCCAUCGAAAUCUGUCAACCAAUGGUAUUUCAAUGCCAGAAGACACGUGCAUGGUCACAAACGAUCAAAGUGUUAAUUGUACAUAACAAUUCACUUGUAUUUCUGCUGUACAUGUUGUUUUUCUUUAACCCUUUUAAGUGGACACUAAAUUCAUUUCAUUCACCUCCCACUAAUCAUAGGUGCUGCCAUUUUGUAAACUAGGUUACACUGCAGGUAUAUGAAGGAGAAUUACUGCACAUGUGCAAACAGGUCAGCACUGGAAUGUAGUGAAAGAUACAUUUCAGCAUGGCCGCACCCAUGACUAGAGGGAGGCGGGGAAUAACCUCGAUACUAUAAUUGUAGAUUGCUGUUAUUAAACUGAAAACGAGUUUUUUGAUUGUGAUAUAUAUAUAUGCAAAAAAUAUUGUUUAUAUUGUUACUAUAAAUAUUGUUUAUAUUUCCUGUAAAAUAAGACUAAAGUUGAAUUAUUUUUUUUAAGGGGGGGUGAAGAUACAGUUAUAACAGUGCUAAAACUUUUUUUUAGUAAGUUUUUAUUUUCUUUACUCUUAUCUAUUAAAGCAUUCAUAAAGCUACCUGGUAAUGUUGAUACACAGUGGGUAUUGAAAAGAAUCACCCCCCCCCCCCUUGAAAAUAAUCAUAUUGUGUUGCUUUGCAGCCUGAAAUAAAGACAGACACCGUUUUUGUUUAUCCAGUUGUAAUUACUCAGUGCAACUUAUAACAUCCAAGUGAAAGAUAUAACACCAACAUGUCAGGCAAAAAAAAAAGAUAAUCACUGAGUUGGAAACAGGAUCAUCCCCUCCUAAAAUUACUUGUAAACUCAAUCAGGUGUAGCCAAUCACCUUCUCAACGGUGCACACACAAAGCCAUUUGACCUUCAACGUGUAAUGUGUGGGCAUAUUGAUUAGCUUAGCAGUAUAAAAUCUUUCCUGGAGCAUCUUGGUCCCUGGUAGUGCAACUGAAGCAAACAAUCAACAAUGGGUGGCAAGGCACUGUCAAAAGAUCUCCAGGAUAAAGUUGUGGAUAGGCACAAGUAAGGAGAUGGAUACAAGAAAAUAUCAAAGGCUUUAUCAAUGCCUAGAAGCACAGUAAAGUCUAUUAUUAAGACGUGGAAGGUAUUUUGUACAACACAGACCCUCUCUGGAUUAGGACGUCAAUCAAAACUGGAUGAAAGGGCCAGGUCAGAGAGGCUACCAAGAGGCCCACAGCAACUCUGAAGCAGUUGCAGGAAUUUAUGACAAAGAGUGGUCAUUGUGUGCAUGUGACAACAAUAUCACAAAUUCUCCACAAAUGUGGCUUGUAUGGGAAGGUUGCAAGAAAAAAAACACUCCUCAAGACAGGCCACAUGCAGUCACGACUAAGCUUUGCCUUAACACACAUAGGAGAUUCUGAGGCCACAUGGUAAAAGGAGUUAUGGUCAGAAGAGACUAAAAUUUAAUUAUUUGGCCUCAACACCAAACGAUAUGUCUGGAGGAAAUCCAAUACAGCUCACCAUCCAAAUAACACCAUACCUACAGUAAAGCAUGGAGGUGGUAAUAUCCUGUUAUGGGGGUGUUUAUCUGCAGCAGGCACUGGAGCACUUGUCAGGAUAGAAGGAAUAAUAGAUGGGGCAAAAUACCAUCACAUUCAUGAGGAAAAUUCUGCUGCCCUCUGCCAGGAACUUGUCAAUGGGAAGAAGGUUUACCUUCCAACAUGACAAUGACCCAAAGCACACAGCGAAAAUGACCACACAGUGGAUGAAAGAGAAAAGGGUGAAUGGCCUAAUCAUAGCACAGACUUUUAACCCCAUUGAAUAUCUGUGACAAGACUUGAAGACUGCAGUCCACAAACGGUCACCAUCAAACGGAACUGGAGCAGUUCUGCAAAGAAGAGUGGGCAAAUAUUAGUUAGUAGAGACAAAUCCCAACAGACUAAAGGCUGUAAUUAAAGCAAACAGUGGUUCAACAAAAUACUGACACAAGGGGGUGAUCCUUUUUCCAACUCAGUGAUUCUGUUUUUAAAUUGUCUUUAUUUUGCCUGACUUGUUGUUAUCUUUUACUUGGAUGUUAUAAGUUGCACUGAGUAAUUACAACCGGAUAAACAAAACUUACGUCUGUCUUUAUUUUGCCUGACUUGUUGUUAUCUUUUACUUGGAUGUUAUAAGUUGCACUGAGUAAUUACAACCGGAUAAACAAAACUUACGUCUGUCUUUAUGUCAGGCUGCAAAGCAACAAAAUGUGAUUCUUUUUAAUACCCACUCUGUUUUUCUAAGGAGACAGACAAUGAAUCCAGUACAUUGCUAGAGGAUUUUUUUAUGUACUGAUAACAAAUAAUAUUGUAGUUGUGAUCUUUACAACAGGUUUUAACCUCCUAAAAGCGUCAUUAAAGGGACAUGAAACUUCAACAUUUCUUUUGUGAUUCAGAUAGAGCAUAUGGUUAAAAAAACAAGUUUCCCAUUUACUAAUAUCUAAUUUGCUUCGUUUUCAUUGUAUUUUUUGUUGAAGAGAUACCUAGGUAGGUAUCUGUAGUUCUAAAUGGCAGGAAGAAAAAGUGUUGCCAUAUAGUGCUCUUGCCAAUGUAUAUCAUUCUUAUAAAACUGAGCCAUAUAGGGCUACGGACACAUGACCGCUACUAAACGUACCACCCUACUUUUCAACAAAGGAUACCACAAGAACAAAGAAAAAUUGGCAAUAGAAAUACAUUUAAAUUAGAAAGUUAUUUAAAAUUACAUUUUCUAUCUGAAUCAUGAAAGAGAUUUUUUUUUUCAUAUCACUUUAACUGCUAAAGAAGUUACAUCUUGAAAAUAGUCCAAACGGACAGUGUACUCAACUUUUUUAUAUCGUUCAAAUGAUAAAGUAUUUCAAACAUGUUAAAUUCUUUUUCUUGUGAAGGAAAUCGUUAUUUCAUUUUAAAAUGAAUACAGUAGUAUCAGUUGUAUACUCCCUGCUUAUUGUCCGUAAAUAUGUCCGUGUACAUCCCAGAACCUUUGUAACGCGCGCACCACCCAACCGAUUUAUUUAACUGACCACCUGGCUAACAUUUUAGCUAAUAUUAUUAAUAACAUUUUUCAAUAUUGCACAAAUUUAUCAUUAAAAAAAUUUGUUAAA